AUGAGAAUAACUUUAAUAGACAAUUUAACAAUUAUUGCUCAUUCCCAACAUUAGAAUUAAGCUGGAAAUACAAUGGUAAGUGUUAUUCUCAUAAUCCCAUAUAUAUAAUAUUUGUCUCUUCUGCUGCCAUCUCAUGGAUGGUCUUAUUGGAAUUAUAGUGAUGGCUAUUUAUCAUUCAUUUAAAAGGCAUGCUCUUAUUUUACCAUAACUCCUUUUUUUGAAUUUCAAAACAACUUCAUAUAUUAUCCAUUUACAAUUUUUAGUUUAAUAAUAAUGGUAGGACUCAUUUUAUAUUUGAGUAUUUUUACUUUAGAAAUGCAAUCUGAAAACAAGAAAGUCAAAUAUUAGGAAGGUAGAACAAGUACUUUAUGCACAGUCAUUCUAUUCACAAUCCAAACUCUUUAAAUCCCAUGCUAUAAGUUCUAUAUUUAAUAAAUUAUAGAGGCAUAGUAAAAAAACCUUUAGAACUAAUUAAUUAUAAACAUAAUUUCGAUUAUAUUGUACUGCAUGUAUAUUUUUAUGAGUGAAUACUUUUUGAGAUAAUAUUCAUUUGCACCUUAUCAUCCUAUGCAAUAAAAGUUUACACGAUUAAGAGUUUCUCAGAUUCUUCUAAAUUUGAUAGCAAUAGUUUUAACAUUGGAAUAAGAGUCUAGAUUAUACAAUUUGAUUGGCCUACUAAUGUUACAUUCGAUUUUUGUUUUAAAAAUGCUUAAUCAUUUAUAUUAUAAACCUGAAGCUCCCAAUAAAAAUAUGAUUCAUUUUGAAGCAUCUUUUACAUUAGAAUCAAUAGCUAUAUUAAUAACAGUCAAUGUUUUCUCAGAAAAUUAAAUAUUCCCUGAACAAUAGAUUGGAAUUUAUAUAAUGUUUAUUUUUAGUUUAGGCAUGAUUUUAGGAAAUUUGUUAUUUACUUUCUUACUUUAAUUGAAUCUUGAUCCAAAGACUAGAUAACUCUAUUAGAUUUAUAAGUUGUAUUCAUAUAUUGGUAACAUAACUUCAAAUUCAAUAACAACUUAUAAUCUCAUUAUUUAUUAGUUAAUAAAUGAUAAAGAUUUUACAUAAUUUUAAUAGAAAGUAAUAUUAAAUUAGAAGAGUACAAAAAUGCAAGAUUAUUAUAAAUUAGGAUUGUAUAUAAUAACUGAGAUUUUUAUUCAUUUAAAAGAACAAUAGAAAAGUGAACUUGAAGAGCUUUAAUUGUUAUUUGUUUCUUAUUUAGCUUUGAUUAGAAAUAAACCAUUAAUAGGUUAUGUGGAAUUUAAGAAAUUUGAAUCAAAUAUAAAUAUAAAGAAAUCAUACUAUUUUUAAUUAAUGAAAAGUAGAAUAGAUUAACAUUUAUAAAAGAAAAUAACAGCAAUAUAAUAAAUAUAUGAAAAAGAAUAAUCAUAUUUAAAGAAUGUAAAUUUAUAAAAAAGUGUAAGUCCUGCAGAAUUGUAUGAAUAUUCUCAAAUAGAGGAGAAAUUUUAAGCAAAAGUUUCUAAUUUAAUUUAACUUAAAAUAUCAAUUUGGGAAAAUUAAAUAUCUGGUUGCAAAUCUAUUUAUGAAUUCGAAGAUAAUGCAGUUAAUUUAAGUAAAUAAAUAAUAGAAUGUAUUUUUUUUCUUAGAAGUUAAACAAUUAAUGUAAUAUAAGAAGAAUAUAUAAAAAAUUGUGAUAAUAUUUUAAAAUUAAAAAUAUGUUCAAUGUUUCACAGUUUUGUAUUGAAUGAUUAUUAUAGUGCAUAUUUAUGUGAAUAGAAAAUACAAGACAUAAUGAAAAUAGAAACAACUUAGGAAUUAAAUGUAAUAACACGUACAAAUAUUCUAAAAGAUGAAACAAUAUUAAUGAUUAUAAGUAUAGUAAAAUAAUUAGGUUAAAUUUUAAAUUCGAAUAAAAGUUAAAUUGCUAAUUAUUUUGGAUAUUAAAAUUCAGAAUUUCAAUAAAUUGCAAAUAUUAAAGAAUUAAUGCCAUCAUAUUUUGGAAAUUAACAUGAUUAAUUUCUAUUAAACUAUAUAAAAGAAGCUAGAACAGAUUUAGCAUUUAAAGAGACUUUAACAUUUGCUUAAGGUAAAAAUGGAUUCCUAAUACCAUAAUAUUUAAACGUUUAUAAUAAUUUUGAUAUCAAUGAUGAUUUUACUUUAAUAGGUAGUCUUACAAAAGAAAAAGAAAGUCAUAAUUAUUUAAUUUUUGAUGAAUAUGGUAAGUGUAUAGGAAUCACAUAAUAAUUAAGUAAAUUAUUAGUACCAUAAGAUAAUAUUGAAUAUUUUCUAGCAAAUAUUGAUUCAUUUUAUGUUUAUAUGUUUUUACCUCAUAUCCAUAUAUACAUGAAUGAUAUUUUGAAUAAUUCUACUAAUAAUGAUGGUGCAAUUCAAUAAAAAUCUGUAUUAAUGUAUGUAUUUUAAGAUUUUGUUGAUCUAUAAAAGAUGCAUUAAACUAUAUUUAAUUCAUAUUAAUAGCCAUCUUAAAAGUAUGUAGAAUAGACAAGGGCAUUUUCAUAAUUUGAAUAAAUGAAUUCAUUAAUUACUAGUCCUCGAAAUGGUAAUUUGAAGAGACUCAUUUCAGAUACUAAACCAUCUCAUCAAAUGGAAGAUGUGAAAAAUCUUGAAUAAAGUAGUUUAGAUUUCUUUAAAAUUGGUUAAUAAUAAAAGUAAAAUACUUUAUAAAAUGCAAAUGCUAAUUCAAUAAAAGAAAAUGAAAUAAUAGAUUUCUUAAAUGCAAUUGAAGUAAUUAUAAAUUAAUUUUAAUAGGUAUUACAAAAAACAAUAUAUUUUUGUACAGCAAAAAUUUAAUUAACUAGUUUAGGUUAGAAAGAAAAUAAAUAACAUUAUUUUAUUUUGGAAUUAUCUGAAUUUGUUGAUAAAUCAAAUUAAUAAGAUGAAGAAAAGAAAUAAAUUAGAAGAUAAAAUUUACCUAUUCGUAGGACAGUUUAAAGACAUUCAAGUCAUAAGCAAAGUUUUGUUUAAUAAUUUUAAACUAUUCCUAAGAGUCCUGAUUAUCAUAUGGAUUCAUCAUUAAUGAGCCCUAUUGGUUCAGUAAUACAAAAGAAAAGUUUUCUUGAUAAAUCUCCAGUGAAUAAUUAGAUUUUACAUUAUGUAAGUGAAAGAAGAUUAAAUUUGAUGGGUUCAUUAGGAUAAGCUGAUUCUUAAAGUUUUAGUGAAGAAUUAUUUAGCAAUGAAAUACAAUAAGUAUUAUAGCAUUAAAAUGAAUACAAAUCAAAUCAUGGAGUAGGAAUACUAAAAUCUUAAUCAACAACUAAAUCUGGUAAUUCAGGAUUAACUGCAAUAGAAAUAGUAAAUAAAUUUAAGACUAAAACUUCCUUAAUAUCAAGUCUUGCAAUUAUUUCAUUAAUAAAAUUUGUCAUUCUUAUUUUAUUUAUCAUUUUUAUGACUAUUAACUUAUCAUAAAUAAACAUCUUUAAUUAAUCAGUAACUAAAUUUAUAACAGAUAUUAACUUACCUAUAAAUUUAAACAAAUACUUUUUAAAUUUGUUCACUUAUUCAUGGAUCACUUCUUUAGUGAUUAAUAACAUUUUAAAUACAAGUCAAUUUAUUAAUAAUUAAAUGUAUAUCUAAAGUUAAAAUAUGGAAACAACCUUUAUCAAUUUAACAAAAAUGUAUUCUAAUUUUAUUUCAUUAGAAAAUAAUGGAUAUUUAGAUGAUUUGAAUAUUACUCAUUUAGAUAAUACAAUUUAUGUUGAAAAAGUAGAUUUUACUGAUUAUAUCUAUUAUCUUUAAAAUAUAGGAUAUAGACUAUUACAUUUUGAAUCAAACUCAAUUUAUUUAUCAAAUCUUUUAAAAUAUAGACUAAAUUUUGCUAAUAUAAUCUAAAAUAAUUUUUAAAUAAUUCAAUCAUUAGGAUCAUAUUAUACUGAUUAAUAGGAUGGCAAGAUAUUAUUAUUAUUUAAUUAGAUUCUAGUAGAAGUAAUUAUAAUUGGAUUACUUAUAUUAAGUUAAUUGUACUUUUGGAGAAGGAUUGAACAAUAUUGUUAAAAAAUAUUAUUAUUAUCUAAUAGAUUGACAGAAAAUGGAGCAGAAAAUUAAAUAGUUAAAUUUAGAUUAGUGGGAUAAAUAAUCAAAUAAACUUAUGGAGAAUUGGGAUUUAAAUAGUAGAAUUGUUAUAAAUUAUGCUACACAGAUAUGUUAUAAAGUAAAAAAGGAUUUAAGUAACAUAGAUCAAAGAUAUAAUCAAUUUUAAUAAAGUCAAAAAAGUCUAAAUAAUAAGAAAUCUUAACAAAAAAACCUGGUUCUACUACUAUUCCUUUAAAUUCUAGGAUCUCGAAUGUCUAAAUUAACAUAAUGUUAAAAUUAGUUUAUGUAAUAAUUAACAUAUCAUUUGUAUGCUUUUUUUUCUUAGGAGAUUAUUUAUUGUAUAAGGAUUAAUCAUUAAAAUUAAAUCCUGCAUAUGAGUUGGCUAUGGAUUAUAUUUCAUUUUAAAUAAGAUUUGAGAAUGCAAUUUCUGUUGCACUUAUGAUAAAGUCUCAAUAAUAAAUUUAUAGUGUUAUGGAUGAAGUAAUACGAAAUGAGAAACUUAUACUUGAUAGUUUAAAUGAGGAAUAUAAUGUUACUGCUAUUAUAUCAGAUGCAUAUAGCUUUAAUCAUUCAGAUUUAAGUUCAAUUUAUUAAAAGAUAAUAGAUUAUAAUAUAAUUAAUGAUGAAGAUGAAACAUAUAUACUAAAAUUAUACAACAAUGAUUUUUGUUUAAUUUUUGAUGGUAAUUAGAUUCCAUUUUGUAAUAAGGAAUUAUCAUCAUAAUAAUUUAGAUUAGAAUAUGGUACAUAUGAGAGUAAGGAUAACAAUUCUUAAUAUUUAAAAUCUGGGAUUGUAGGAAUUGUAAGUAAGAUGGAUGUAUUUUUAAUGUAAUAUUAUGAGUAUGAGUACUAGACAGGAAAAAUGGAUAAUGAUUUUGUUAAAUUGAAUUAUCAAUUAAAUAGUUAGGAUUUUAAUAAUAUUAUAGUACAACAUUAUUUAGAUACAUACUUAGGUUUUGAAGAGUUUUUUAAUAAAAUUCAAGAGUCUAUAAUAAAUCUUAUAACAGAUCAAUAAAAUAUAUAAGAUUUGUAUUAAUAUUUGAUAGGAAUAUUUAUUAUAGUCUUUUUGAUUAUAUCAGGAGGAAUUAUGAUAAUAAAAGUCAAUUUAAGAUUAAUUCAUCUAAGACUAUUGAUUACUUUAUUACCUGUUGAAAUAAUGUUGGAUAUAUAUACAAUAUCCUUGCUUAAAAUCUUAUAAUGA